AUGGCACAAGUCGCAGUAAAUAAAAAAGCACAAGAAAGAUUGGAUAUAAUUAAUGUUACUUGUUCGAAUCAUGUUCAAGAUUACUAUUGUUUGUUUUGUCAAAAAUGCAAGUGUCUUGUUUGUCUCAAAUGUAUUGCGGAGUCCCACAAUGGGCACAAAGUACAAGAUCUAAAUAAAACAUGUACGAAAAGGAGGAAACAGUUGGAGGAGAGUAAAGACACUAUAAAGAUUAUGAUUGAAGAAUUGGAGACGACCCAGAAUAAAAUAGAAGAUAUGAAGUAUCGCAGGCUUUUACAACAAAGGGAAGUAAUUGAGACAUUACUAACUCAGAAAGACAUAUUAACUACAGUCAUUAAUAAACAUACUAUGGAACUUGUCGAACAAUUAGACCGGGAGGUAGAAUUAAUCAUUUGUUCAUUCGACGAAGAAGGACGUCAGAUUAAGGAGAAGAAGAAAGUGUUGAAAGAAAAAUUGAAAGACAAGAAAAAAUUACUUAAGGUAUCCUUCAACGAUUUAGUUCAACUUGAAGAAAACGAGCUAGAGUUCCAUGCUGAUUUACCUAAACAAAAUUAUCAGGAUAAAUAUCCCUUAGCCAAGUUUACUCCUGGUAAAAUAUCUAAAUCCAAUGUAGGAAUGCUUCAGUUUGGGUUACAGUUUAAGCUUAAGGUUUUAAAAAGAUUUACAACAGAGUUACCAGUGAUUCAUUUUAUUUCUGUCGGUAAUGGUGAUACACUGUGGAUUAACGACUCUAAAAGUGGAAAAUUACAAAAGAUAUCGCUAGAUAAAGAAGAUGUUCACGUAUUGAUCAGUAUCGAACUUUACGUUUUCAGUAUGGUGCUUACUCGAGAAGGCGAUCUUCUAGUAGCAACUGGAGAUUCGAUUCUAAAAAGUAUUAAUGCUAGUACUGGGCAGAUUUCCGAGUCGAUCUUUAAAGUGGAGAACACAAUCAUUACUGCAGUGCAUUUGAAUGAGAAGAAUGAAUUAUUCGUUGGAGUUAGAACCGAGGGGAUGAGAUUUUCAUUUGAAAGCGAGACGCGGCUCGUUAAGAUGGAUCAGGAAGGACAAAUCUUGGCGAUUUACGAAUUCGAUAAAAAUAAGAAGCGCUUAUUUACCUACCCAAAGUACAUUUCAAGCAAUAGUAAGGGAAAUAUCGGGAUUGUAGACUGGUUUUCUGAGUUCGGAAAAGGACAAGUAGUAAUACUAGCAUUAAAUGGUGAUAUCGUCAACGUCUAUGAUGGCAAUUCCGAUGUCAAGACAAGUUAUAUUAGAUUGAAUUUGGGAGGAAUAGUAUCUACACCAUCAGACAAUUUCAUAGUAACUGAUAUAUCAAACCAUUUACUUCACCUUCUGAACUCUGAUGGACAAUGUUUGUUCCAGUUUGAUACUAUGUCGAUCGGGAUAAAAUCACCAUACUUUCUAACCUUUUCAAGGUCAGGAAAACUUUAUCUUGGAAGUUUGACCCCUAAUCCAUAUAAUUUGUUUGAAAUAGAAUGUCAAGGUAGUUAAUAUUCAAAUAAUGAUUUUAAAAAUAUGAUUUGUUUUCAUUACUGAUAGUAAUGG